AUGGCCCCAACAAUGGCUAUGAGGAGGCUUCUUUCGACGCCGGCUGUGUCCCGCCUGGCGAGAAGCCAGUCGAGGGCAUUCUCCUCCACUCCAGCAGCCGCCAAAAUAUUCGCGAACCGACCUCUGCGAGCCCAAGAGGCUUCGCCUUUUGUUAGCACCAAGUAUCCAGUCAUAGACCAUGAAUACGAUGCCGUCGUCGUCGGCGCCGGUGGCUCCGGUCUACGGGCUGCCUUUGGUCUUGCCGAGGCAGGUUUCAACACCGCGUGUAUAUCGAAGCUUUUCCCUACGAGAAGUCAUACAGUCGCUGCACAGGGAGGAAUCAACGCAGCUCUUGGGAAUAUGCAUGAGGAUGACUGGAGGUGGCACAUGUACGACACCGUGAAGGGUUCAGAUUGGCUCGGGGACCAGGACGCUAUCCACUACAUGACACGAGAGGCACCCGCCUCCAUCAUCGAGCUCGAGAACUAUGGUUGCCCUUUCUCACGGACAGAGGAUGGGAAGAUCUAUCAGCGUGCCUUUGGCGGCCAGUCCCAGAAAUACGGCAAGGGCGGACAAGCCUACAGGUGCUGUGCUGCUGCUGACCGAACUGGCCAUGCUCUGCUACACACUCUUUAUGGCCAGUCCCUGCGACACAACACCAACUACUUUAUCGAGUACUUCGUCAUCGACCUGAUCAUGGAGGACGGUGAGUGCCGGGGUGUGCUGGCCUACAACCAGGAGGACGGUACACUGCACCGGUUCCUCUCCAACAACACAGUUCUGGCCACGGGCGGCUACGGGCGAGCAUACUUCAGCUGUACCUCUGCACACACGUGCACCGGUGACGGUAUGGCCAUGGUCGCCCGUGCCGGUCUACCGAACCAGGAUCUUGAGUUUGUUCAGUUCCACCCGACUGGUAUCUACGGUGCUGGCUGUCUGAUCACGGAGGGUGCUCGCGGCGAGGGCGGUUACCUGCUCAACGGCCAGGGCGAGCGUUUCAUGGAGCGUUAUGCCCCAACGGCCAAGGAUCUCGCCUCCCGUGACGUCGUCUCUCGGUCUAUGACCAUGGAGAUCCGAGACGGUCGCGGCGUUGGGCCUGACAAGGACCACAUCUACCUUCAGCUGAGCCACUUGCCCCCAGAGGUCCUGCACGAGCGCCUGCCUGGCAUCUCUGAGACGGCUAGCAUCUUCUCGGGCGUCGACGUUACGAAACAACCCAUCCCCGUCCUGCCUACUGUCCAUUAUAACAUGGGCGGUAUCCCAACCCGAUACACCGGAGAAGUGCUCACGGUCGACGAGAGCGGCAACGACAAGGUGGUCCCCGGCCUGUUCGCCUGUGGUGAAGCUGCUUGCGUGUCCGUCCACGGAGCCAACCGCCUGGGAGCCAACUCUCUUCUGGACUUGGUUGUCUUUGGCCGUGCUGUCUCGCACACCAUCCGCGACAACUUCACGCCUGGUGCGAAGCACAAGCCUAUCAGCGCUGACGCCGGGGCCCAGUCAAUUGAGAUGCUCGACCAGAUCCGCACCUCGGAUGGACCCAAGAGCACGGCCGAGAUCCGACUGGCGAUGCAAAAGACGAUGCAGACGGAUGUGAGCGUGUUCAGGACACAGGAGUCUUUGGACCAGGGUGUAGAGAAGAUCACCGAGGUCGAUGGGAUGUUCAAGGAUGUUGGAAUCAAGGACCGCAGCAUGAUCUGGAACUCGGACCUCGUCGAGACCCUGGAGCUGAGGAACCUCCUGACCUGCGCUACCCAAACCGCCACAUCCGCUGCCAACCGAAAGGAGUCUCGCGGUGCCCAUGCUCGCGAAGACUAUCCCGACCGGGACGACGCAAACUGGAUGAAGCACACAUUGUCCUUCCAGAAGGAGCCGCACGGCAAGGUGGAGCUGGCGUAUCGCAAGGUUAUCGGCCACACGCUUGACGAGGCCGAAUGCAAGGCUGUCCCCCCCUUCAAGCGUGUGUACUAA